AUGGCUGCCAAUAAUAAUGAAGAUCUACCUCCUCCUCCACCACCUCCAGCGGUGUUGAUGGAGUCCAUUCUGGCUCCUAUGUUCACAAGGCCGAACUCCAGUGUUGUCCGGCCACAGAUAGAUGCCAAUAAUUUUGACAUCAAUCCGUCGCUGAUUAACUUGGUGGAGAAGAACCCUUUUAGUGGAGAGGAUUACGAAGAUCCUCACGACUUCAUGGACAGAUUUCUGAGAAUCUGUGACACCACGAAGCAUCGUGGAGUGUCUGAUGAUGCAAUCAGACUCCGGUUGUUUCCUUUUGAUGUGACCGGAAAAACCCUCAGAUGGCUGACUCGACAAGCUCCUAACAGUAUCCGUACAUGGGAGGAUCUAGCCACUAAGUUCUUUGUGGAGCAUUUUUCUCGAAAAAAAUACAACAAGUUGGUGAACAAAAUCACUAACUUCAUGCAGCAACCAGGAGAGACACUCUGUGCAGCUUGGACGAGAUUCCAGGAAUUAAUCAAAAAAUGUCCUCAAUAUGACUUCUCAGAUGAGAAAAAGGUCAGAAUCUUCUACAAUGGGAUGACACCGGAUACCAGGAUGGUUGUCAACAAUGUUGUCGGUGGAACCAUCGGAAAGAAGACAACAGAGGAGACCUUGGAACUCAUUGAUUAUCUGGCAAGGAACGAUAAUGCGUUGACAACAGUUCAAACAGUUCAGCCAGCUCAACCCAAGAAGGGAAUUUUACAACUGGGGAACACUGACGCCUCACUAGCAGAGCAAAAAAUGAUUUCGCAACAGCUGGCCAGUUUGAAUGCCAAGUUCGACAAGAUGCAGCUCUCAACAUCCAAGGUUGAUGUCUUUGAUUGUGAGUAUUGCACAGAGCCACAUGAUACCAAUGAGUGCCCUACAGUCAAUGGAAUCUGGUAUGACCCAAGGCCACCACAGAACUCCCAAGCUUACCAAAGGAAUCCGAAUGGCGGCCAAGGGAACAACUUUCAAAGGAGGAAUCAAGGGACCGACUUGGAUUAUAAAUCCAACAACUAUCUUCAACCUCCUCCUCUGCCACAAAAAGAGCCUUCUGAAUUGGAGAAGGCACAACUGUCUAAAACCACCAAUGAUCACAUCAUUGAGACAAGAGCCCACAACAAGAACCAGGAUGCUUCCAUCCGGAACUUGGAGAGUCAGAUAGGCCAGUUGUCUAGGCAGUUGGCUGAAAGGUCUUAA